CGUUUCGUCUCUUUCUCUUCUUCUUCUUCUUUUCAACCUCACUCGCUCUCUAUCCCCCCUUUUUUUUCUUUUUUUCUUUUUUUUUUUUUUGAUUGGUUUAAUUCCCUUACCAAAUACCCCUCUACAUUGCCCACGACAGCAACAAUUGUCGAUUUUCCCCUGCUCCCAGCAUGACUCUCAUCCGCGUCUUUACGGCGCUCUUUGCCCUGCUGGCCUCCACUGUCGUUGCUGUCACGCCCAUCGAAGUCGAGGGUUCGCAGUUUGUCAACUCCAAAUCGAACAAGCGCUUCCAGAUCAUCGGGGUCGAUUACCAGCCAGGCGGGUCCGCUGGUUACGACGAGGAGAGCGGAGAAGAUCCCCUCACUGAUGCCGAUAUCUGCUUGCGUGAUGCUGCUCUCCUCCAACGGUUGGGUGCCAACACUAUUCGUAUCUACAACCUCAACCCCAAAUCCAACCAUGAUCUUUGCGUCUCCAUCUUCAAUGCUGCCGGUAUCUACUUGAUCCUCGAUGUCAACUCGCCCAUUGCCCACCAGAGCUUGAACCGCGCCGAUCCCAGAUCCACCUACCACAAGGGAUACAUGGAACGUGUCUUUGGUAUCAUCGAGGCUUUCAAGGACUAUCCAAACACUCUAGCUUUCUUCGGCGGGAAUGAAGUCAUCAACGAAGAAGCCGUGAAGGAGGUUCCUGCCUACAUUCGGGCCGUCCAACGUGAUAUGAAACAGUACAUUGCCAACCAUUCUCCUCGUCAAAUCCCCGUUGGCUACUCUGCCGCCGAUAUUCGCGAGAUUUUAGAGGACACCUGGGCUUACAUGGCCUGUGAGAUCGAAGACUCACCUGAAUCCCGCUCCGACUUCUUCGGCCUCAACUCCUAUUCCUGGUGCGGCAACGCUACGUACACCAGCAGUGGCUAUGACAAGCUCGUCGAAAGGUUCUCUGAGACUUCCCUCCCCGUUUUCUUCUCCGAGUAUGGCUGCAACGAAGUCCGUCCCCGCAUUUUCACCGAGGUCGGCGCUCUCUACGGACCGGAAAUGACCAAGGCUUUGGGCGGUGGUCUAGUUUAUGAAUACUCCCAGGAGAAGAACAACUACGGCCUCGUUGAGUUGAACGACAACAAGACCGCUACCCUCCGCGUCGACUACGGCAACCUGAUGGAACAAUACAGCCAAAUCGACAUCACUCUCCUCGAAUCCCUCGACCCGGCCGCCACUAGCGCCAAGCCCCCCAAGUGCUCCUCCGGUCUCAUCAAGGACACCAAAUACUUCGAGGACGACUUCAAAAUCCCAGAGGCACCUGAGAGCGUCCCUGAGAUGAUUAAGAACGGCAUCCGCAAUCCGACUAAGGGCAAGCUUGUCGAGGUCACAGACACCAAGCCGAAAUAUGAGGUCUAUGACAAGGAAGGCCGUGUGCUGGACGGUCUAGAGAUUAAGAAGCUCGAAGAUUUUCAGUCCAACCUUCCCGGUGAGAAUACCUCUGGUGUGCCCGGUGCCUCGACAAAUAACAAGAAGGCUGCUGCCAACACCGUGUCCAGCUCUAAUGCUCUCUCCCUCGCCGCUGUUCUGGCUGGGUUGACUCUGCUGAUGGUGUAGAGAAACUCAGAAUGUAUCUGUUAAAGUUCUCUCUUACUAUUUCCCACGCGAUUUCCAGCUGCUAUAUUAGUUAAUUCAGCGCAUCUUUCUUUGAAAAACUUUACUCUUCUCAUCGCGUAUACCCGCAAUUUAUUUCUUUCCUUGUAUUAUCUUGUUGAACCCCCGGUACGGUGGUUGUGAUUGGCGAAAUGGAUUGUUUCAAGGUAGAACAAACCGCCCCCAAAAAACCAAUCACGUCAUGUUUAACCCCUCCUAUUGCACAACGUACCCUGAAAUGUUUUCUUUGGGCGCCUGUGUCAGUAUGAGAUAUCAAUUUUAAUCUCUUAUCACCGCCACCUCCUCCUCGUGAGAUAUAGCCCGCAUCGCAGUUAGCGCCCCCGUCGUUUGCUCUCGUCUGUGGAAUAUGGGCUGACGUUCCCCUGUAAACCCCUCGUGGCGAAACAUAAAUACAGAUCAAAUGAACGCAAGGAUGUUCUCACAGAUUAAUGUUUCACUGUUUGUUUGAUGUUGCCACUGCCUCGCACUUACCCCCUGAACUUGCAAUACAUAGAGCAGAGAUCAAUAACGCCUGUCCUGCAGCUUAGGAGGUUGGAAGAUACAGACGAGAUUUGAGCCAAUAGAGAGGAAGUGAAAAGUGUAAUUCAGCUACAAGAAAGUGAGGUUUCUAAGAUUAUUGAAUCAGAAAACAAGCGUAGCGUUUUCUUUGGUAUCGAAUGAAAGAGAAAAACAUAAAAGCCAAGGAAUCAGCUGGGAUACAAUAUCACAAAACAACAAACACAGCACACAACUCGAAUGGACAAAACUUAAACAAGAAACACAAAUCUAACCACGACCGCACUCUACUAAGCUGCUUUUCCCUUCCCCUUCCGAAUGCUAAGUAAAGACGCUCCACCAAGCGCCGGAUACUCAUCCC